GACUCCAUGUCAACCCGACCAGUCAAAGUGCCAUUCGACAUUCAGCCUUGCACCACCCGCGCGAUCCCAACCAACUGCACCAACGAAGCCGCGCUGCAGCAUCACCAUUGAUCGCAAAGCUCCCCCAAUCCCCCCUCUCGACCCACCAUGUCUGGACGUCGUUCUCGGUCGGGCAGGGCUGCCGCUAAGCGCGCCUCUGCUGCGCUCCAGAGCACUCCCAGAGUUUUCGAAGGCAUCGAUGACGAAGAGCCCGUCGCCGAAGCUGUCGAAUCCGAGCCCGAGCACGAGGCGCAGCCCGAAGAAGAAGAUGACGAAGAAGAGAAGCCUAACGAAUCGGGUGAGGAAGAAGGUGGCGAAGAGGAUGGUGAAGAAGAAGAAGAAGAGCCUGCGAACGAAGAGGCUGAAGACUCCGAACCGUCGGCCAAAGAACCGACUCCUCCCACCGAGCCCGUUAUCCGUAGGAAGCGACUCGGCCGCCCCCCCAAGAACAAGCCUCCCGGCUGGGACAACAUGAUUACCGUGCCCGCUUCCGAAGCCGAUACUCCGCGAAGGAGAGGUCGUGGUGGAUGGCGCGGUCGAGGCGGCCGCCGACCGGCCCCCGGUCAGGCGCCUCCGAAGCUCAAGCAGGUCAUCGACAAGGAGGGUACCGAAGUCGACAUCGUCGACGACGAGUGUGUCCUGCCCGAGGACCCCGAAGGCGAGACAAAGGUCGACAAGCUCGGCAACCUGCAGGGGGGCCGCCAGUACCGUUGCAGAACGUUCACCGUCAAGGAUCGCUCUGAACGCCAGUACAUGUUGUCGACGGAGCCUGCGCGAUGCGUUGGUUUCCGCGACAGCUACCUCUUCUUCAACAAGCACCCGAAGCUCUACAAGAUCAUCGUGAGCGACGAAGAAAAGAUGGACAUGAUCGAGCGGAAUAUCAUUCCCCACUCGUACAAGGGCCGUGCCAUAGGAAUCGUCACGGCGCGCUCCGUCUUUGUCGAGUUCGGCGCGAGGAUCAUCGUUGGCGGCCGGACUAUCAUCGACGACUACCGCGUUGCCGACAUGCGCGCGUCUGGUGUUGCUGAGGGAGACAUCGCGGACCCCUCGGACGUCUUCGACCCCAGCCAGCCGUACAACACCAACCAGUACGUUGCGUGGUUCGGCGCCAGUGCUGUGUACCACACCAACCAAGCGCCGGCCACGUCAGACCCUCUUGCUGGUUUGACUGAGGUCAAGAAGAAGCGUGUCAACGUGAACGAUACCAAUUGGCAGCUGGAGCACGCCCGUGCCGCUAGCGAGUUCAACAGCCGCAUCAACGCCAUCCGUAUGGCGACGCUGCGCCAUGGCGCCUACGAUAUCCACACAAACAUGAUGCAGCAACCGGUCAACAUGCAACCAACGCGCGCAAGGGUCGAGGCCGUUACUCCUGGCACCGUCAGCGAACCCAACAGCGCCUUUCCGACUGUCCCAUCGGCAGUCCAGCGCAACUUCAACGUUGUAGACAUCGUUUACGAGACGCCGCGCGUGGGCGUCCAGUCUGCCGGACGCCGGCCGGCCGAGGUUCCCGACUUUUUGAAGCCGUUCAACGGCAUCCUGGCCAUCGGCGAAGACAUCAAGUCCAUGUUGCCGUCCGAGUGUCGCGAGUCGCUCGAGAGGCACCAGGCCGACCAGCGGGAAUUUGAGUCGCGCUUCGGCGACGAGAAGGACAAGAUGGCGCGAGGCAGGCUAAUCAUCGACAAGUCUGUUGAAGAGCUUACCAAGCGGCACGGCUGGAAAGGCACCUCCAACUGCCGCUUCGAGUCGGCGUUCACCUCCCGCGGCUGCAACUUUUGCGGCCGCAACAUUCGCGAGUGCGGGCACGGCGUGGACCUCACACCCGAGUUUUACGAGGCGUUCAGCGUCAAGCCCGAGGACCCUUCGACCAUGACGCUCAAGACGGAGCCGCCUCAGGGAAGAAAUACCAGACAAGAAUCUUCUCAGGGGAAAUUUGGGACGGACGUCGGUGGACUAGCGAAGAUGGCGAAUCCUGAUAUGCCUCGGGCGGUGUUUUGCCAGGAGGACGGGAUCGUUGUCCGGCCCGAGUUCUACGGCAACACCGUGAUUCUGGGUUGUCCGUAG